AGCUGACGGCUGCAGAAGGAAGGAGGGAGGGAUCGGGCGACAUCUUGGAUUCAUGAGUGAACGGUGACCGCAGUCAGUGUGAAACACGGUACCGACACCAAACAGACCCGGUAACACUGAUCUCCAGUCAGAACACAACACAGAUCUGACAGCAGUGACCCGGUCCGGUCCGCUCCAUAGUGAUAGUGGACAGACAUACAGAGUUUUCCAGCAUGGCUUGUGAACACUGAGCAAGACCACCAUCAUGAUUGGAGGGCUCUUCAUCUAUAAUCACAAGGGCGAGGUGCUGAUCUCUCGUGUCUACCGCGAUGACAUCGGGAGGAAUGCUGUGGACGCGUUCCGUGUCAACGUGAUCCACGCUCGGCAGCAGGUCCGCUCGCCCGUCACCAACAUCGCCCGCACAAGCUUCUUCCACGUCAAACGCUCCAACAUUUGGCUGGCUGCCGUCACCAAGCAAAAUGUCAAUGCAGCCAUGGUGUUCGAGUUCCUGUACAAGAUGUGCGACGUCAUGGCGGCCUAUUUCGGCAAGAUCAGCGAGGAGAACAUCAAGAACAACUUUGUGUUGAUCUACGAGCUUCUAGAUGAGAUCCUGGAUUUUGGAUACCCCCAGAACUCUGAGACUGGAGCCUUGAAGACCUUUAUUACUCAACAGGGUAUAAAGAGCCAGCAUCACACGAAAGAGGAGCAGUCUCAGAUUACCAGUCAAGUUACUGGACAAAUCGGCUGGAGACGAGAGGGCAUCAAAUAUCGCCGCAAUGAACUCUUCCUGGACGUCCUGGAAAGCGUCAACUUGCUGAUGUCACCACAAGGUCAAGUGUUGAGUGCCCACGUCUCUGGACGCGUGGUGAUGAAGAGCUACCUGAGUGGAAUGCCAGAGUGCAAAUUCGGGAUGAACGACAAAAUCGUCAUUGACAAGCAGGGCAAAGGAGGCACAACGGACGACACGGGCAAGAGUGAGUUAGGGGGCAGCAGUGGGAAACAGUCCAUCGCGAUCGAUGACUGCACGUUUCACCAAUGUGUUCGCCUCAGCAAGUUCGACUCGGAGCGUAGCAUUAGCUUCAUCCCCCCUGAUGGAGAGUACGAGCUCAUGAGGUACCGUACCACCAAAGACAUCAUCCUCCCUUUCCGUGUCAUCCCAUUGGUCCGGGAGGUGGGCCGUACCAAGCUGGAAGUGAAGGUGGUGAUCAAAUCCAACUUCAAGCCAUCACUGCUGGCACAGAAAAUAGAGGUGCGCAUUCCUACUCCACUCAACACAAGCGGUGUUCAGGUCAUCUGUAUGAAGGGUAAAGCUAAGUACAAGGCCAGCGAGAACGCCAUCGUUUGGAAGAUCAAGCGAAUGGCUGGUAUGAAGGAAUCUCAGAUCAGCGCUGAGAUCGAGCUGCUACCCACUAAUGACAAAAAGAAGUGGGCUCGCCCACCCAUCUCCAUGAACUUUGAGGUACCCUUCGCUCCAUCAGGGCUGAAAGUGCGCUACCUGAAGGUCUUCGAGCCGAAGCUGAACUACAGCGAUCAUGAUGUCAUUAAAUGGGUGCGUUAUAUCGGGCGCAGCGGCAUCUACGAGACCCGCUGCUAACAGAGACCCCUCCUCGAGCGUAGAUGGCGGAAUAAACACGAGCAGAAUGAAGUUAUUCAUCGUCUCAUUUCUCCUCCCCAUCCUCAACUUUUAUACGGUGGUCCAUUCACACUGAAAACAUCAAUGAAGGGAAACGUCCGAAACCGUAGAUUUAAACUUUUCUCAUUCCACAAAUUCACUCUCUGUGAGAUGUAAUCCUCCCGUUGUGUCACUACAUACAUUCCAGAUCCUCAUUGAAUCCAUACUAAUGUGGGGCCUUGGCUCCUUUCCAUCACAUGAUUAGCACUGAACCUGUGUUUCUGCUUACAAACGGCAUCAAUGUGGCCAUUUCCUGCUCCCCCCACUUCUGUUGUCCUAAUCUGCUUAUGUGGACCCAGAAAACAUACUUAGUGCUUUUUUAUUGGGUAUUACUCACAUUGUUAUUCUUUGUGAAUGAUGAAUCAGUGGCCCCACAUUGUUAUUGAGUGUAAACAUUGCUCAUUCAAAAAAAUAAUAGUGUACGUAAACUAAUGAUGUAGUUUUUGUUUCAAUUUUUGUAUUCGUCUCAGUGUAAGUGUUUCUCAAUGUUACCAAAAUGCGCCGAGGUGAAGAUGAGGGUGCUUGAAUUGCAGCAACAAAAAAGCUAAUUACUAUCGCCUAAGUGCUGUCUGUAUACAUGUACCCUAUUCACUGUAAGAUGGAGUAAAAAUAUAACUACCACAGAGCUGA